AUGAAUCGUCAUGUCUUGGUUAUGCUACGGCGUCAUGCCUCUUCAGCAGCCUCAUCCAAGUCCUUUUUACCUGGCGGUAUGUUCAAGCCCGUCCUGCCAUCUGCCAACACAAUGUUGGACAGUCAGAACAGUUGCAGACCAAAUGGGAUGAUCACCACAGGAGGACCCAUCACUGCUUCGGCUUCUGCUGCCAACCCAAUAAGUUCGAAUAAUAAUAAUCAUCAAAUCCGCCACUUUGGGUCCGAUCGGAGCUUACGACGGAACAAACGACGCAAGGUGAGUCCCUUCAAGGUACUCAAAGUGCGUCGAACGACUCCCUAUGCCGCAGUCAAGACGAUAUUUUUGAAAUUGGCCAUGCAGCAUCACCCCGAUGUAGCCGGUGCCAAAUCAGAAGAGGAACAAGAGAAAUCCCGUGAAUUAUUCAUUCAAGCUCGUCAAGCCUUUGAGGCAUUGGUGGAAGAUCCCGAAACUGGGGGCAUUUGCCUUGUGGAAGAAUUGCCCGACUAUGUAGCAGACGAUGAACACGACAAGAUGGACGAAUGGUUCAAACAAGAAACGGGAUAUGACAUGCCAUUUAUGGAUGAAGCAACAAUGAAGGAAGUGGCUGCCAUGACAGAAGCAGUUGGUGGAGGAGGUAUGGACCGUGGAUUGGAUCGUGAUGGAGGCAUGUGGGAACUAGCUCGUAUGGUCACUCGAACUGUCAAAACUGGUGGUGAUGGAAAGAAUUUAUUGCGGCUUGAACAAGGAGAAGUGAAAGAAAUAAACAUCAACAAUUCCAACUUGAGAGCCAGGAGACGACGGGCGAGAUAA